AUGUCUCCUGCUGAUACCUGCUGCCGAAAGGGUGAGGGUGCUUGCGUCUGUGCCCAGCAAGCCACUUGCUCCUGCGGAAAGCAGUCUGCCCUUCACUGCACCUGUGACAAGGCUGCUGUUGAGAACACCAUCUCUGGCCCCAGCUGCUCCUGUGGCUCUCGCCCUGUGGGCCAAUGCACCUGUGAGAACGCCACCGUUGAGAACCAGAAGCCCACUGGUGCUACCUGUGGUUGUGGUGCCAGGCCUGCUGGCUCCUGCACCUGCAACAACUCUGCCAAUGAGACCGACUUUACCACCAAGAAAUAA